GCGUCCAGCCGCCACCCCGCCCACCUCGCCGUCGCACUCGCACACGCGCGCACCAACCGCCCCCGGUCAAGGACUGCACCCAUGGCGCCGGCUCCGUGCGACCUCGAAAUCGACCCGCGCAGCGGCUACUGCGCGGCGACGAGGACGUUCCACAGCCUGCGUUCGCCGGCGCCGCUACCUCCGCCAGACCUCCCGCUCUCCUUCCCGACCUUCGCGCUGUCCUUCCUCCCCGACCCGCUGCCCCCGUCGUCCCGCCCGGCGCUCGUCGACGCCGGCACGGGCGAGGCCGUCCCGUUCCCGGCCUUCCUGUCCAGGACCCGCGUGCUCGCUGCCGCGCUCCGCGCCCGCGGCGGCCUCUCCCCCGGCGACGUCGCCUUCGUCCUCGCGCCCGCCGACGUCCACGUCCCCGUGCUCUACUACGCGCUCAUGGCCAUCGGCGCCGUCGUGUCCCCCGCCAACCCGGCGCUCACCGCCGCCGAGGUCUCCCGCCUGCUCGCGCUCUCCAACCCCCGCGUCGCCUUCGCCGUCGCGAGCACCAGGGACAAGCUCCCACCCGGGCUCCGCACCGUGCUCCUCGACUCCCCGACGUUCCUCUCGUUCCUGCACGAGUCCGAGCCGGAGCUCGAGCCACAACAACAGGUGGUGGUCCGGCAGUCGGACCCGGCGGCGGUGCUGUACUCGUCGGGCACCACGGGGCGCGCCAAGGCGGUCGUGCUCACCCACCGCAACCUGAUGCCCAGCGUCGCCACGCAGGCGCCGGCGCCGGGGCCGGAGGUGUUUAUGGUCGCCGUGCCGCUCUUCCAUAUCUACGGCUUCACCUUCUGCCUCAGUGUGGUGUCGGCGGCGCACACGCUGGUGCUGCACACGUCCAGGAGGAGGUUCGACGCCACGGCGGUCCUAGCUGACAUACCAAGGUUUGGAGUAACGCGCCUCGCGCUGGCGCCGCCCGCGCUGCUGGCCAUCGUGCGGGCCGCCGAGGAGGACGCGGGCGCGGUGGCCACCGCCACCGGCCUGUCCACGCUCAAGGCGGUGAGCUGCGGCGGCGCCGCCGUCUCGGCUAACCACAUUGCGCGCUUCUCGCGCAGGUUCCCCGGCGUAAGCCUUGCCCAGGGGUAUGGUCUUACGGAGACUACAUCCGGUUUCUGCCGUGCUGUUGGAGACGAAGAAAGCGCGCGAAUUGGAUCCGUGGGCCGUCUUUCAUGGGGCGCUGAAGUGAAGAUUGUUCAUCCGGAAACAGGGGCUGCCAUGCCUCCUGGUGUGCCAGGGGAGCUUUGGGUCCGAGGCCCUUUUGUCAUGAAAGGUUACCUUGGCGAGAAGGAUGCUACAUCUGAGAUCUUGGACAGUGAAGGAUGGCUGAGGACAGGAGAUGUUUGUUACAUUGACCAGGACGGGUUUGUUUACAUUGUGGACAGGCUGAAAGAGUUAAUCAAGUACAAAGGCUACCAGGUGCCUCCUGCAGAACUCGAAAACCUGCUUCAAACACACCGAGAAAUCGAUGAAGCUGCAGUUAUCCCAUACCCUGAUGAGGAGGCUGGAGAGUUGCCGGUAGCGUUCAUCGUCAGACGCCCAGGAAGUCACUUGCACGAAUCACACAUCAAAGAGUUCGUCGCAAAACAGGUUGUGCACUACAAGCGAAUCCACCAUGUUUUCCUUGUGGAUUCGAUACCGAAAAAUGCGGCGGGUAAGAUUCUACGCAAGGACUUGGCCAAGAUAGCAUUGCGGCGUAUCAGCUCCAAGCUAUAACAUGUAGUUGUAAGUGGUGUCAUUUUUUUUGUUGGAUAAUAAGUAGGAAGAUCAGUUGCAAUGUGAUGUCAGUGUGUCACGCCCUCACCGUGACUGUAUAAAUAUAGCAGAUAUCACACCUGUAAUCAGUUUGAGACAUUGAGAGUAACUGAGUUAAGUGUGAAUUUGAAUUUGAAUUUUAUAUAUAUGCAUUGUUAGGGAGGGCAUCCCCAUUGUUUAAAUACAUGUAUAGACUGAGAUUAUAUCAGCUACUGUGAUGAAUUUGUA